AACUCAGACUGAAAAUGGGAACUGUGUCCAGACUAAUGGCUCUCCUUUCCACUGUGAUUCUCUGCCACACAGUGCACUGCAGCAGGCUGAGCACAGAGGGGCGCUCUAUAGAAUCCCAGACGGUGGAAAUACCAGUGCUGCAAUCCAGUGGGCAGAGCGCAGAGAGUGAGUUUCCACUCUGGCUGCAGCUGUCCAUGCCGCUGUCAGGGAAGAACCAUACCAUCCACCUGGAGAAAACACUGGAUCUGCUGACAGAACCCUACACUGAACACCGUUAUUCACCGGACAGCUCCCUCCUCUCAGAACAGCGCCACCCCUUGAACCACUGCUGCUACACAGGCUGGGUGGAGGGGCUCAGGGACUCUCGUGUGGCUCUUUGCACUUGCCAGGGGCUCAGUGGGUACCUGACCCUGGGACCUGUCACCUACACGGUGUCCCCCGAGACGGAGGGCAGCUCCAGGCACCGGGUGAGCAGGUCCAGCCAGCGCAGGAGGAGGAGAGGAGCUGUGGGGCUCGGUACACAGGACACCUCACCCACGGGAGACCCAGCUGCUGCACCAGUCAAGCAAUACAAAUACAACAUCGAGCUGUUCCUGGUGGCUGACACAGCGGAGUUCAGGAGGCAGGGGAGGGAUGUGGAGAGGACCAGGCGGAGUCUGAUCUCCAUCGCACACCACCUGCGUCAGAUAUACAGCCAGCUGGACAUGGGGGUGUUCCUGGUAGGGAUUGAGAUCUGGACAGAGCAGGACAAGGCGCAGGUCACCCACUCCUCCAUUGAGACCCUGACCAACUUCCUCAAGUGGAAAGAGACAGAGCUCGUCCCCCGAGCACCACACGACAACGUGCAGCUUGUCAGUGGGGUUCACUUUGAGGAGAAUGUGCUUGGUGAAGCUACCAUAUCGACCAUGUGCUCUCUGAGCACAAGCGGAGGCGUCAUUCAGAACCCUGGUGUCAGUACCGUGGCGCUGUCCAACUACAUGGCCCACGAAAUUGGACACAACCUGGGAAUGUACCACGACACCCAAGACUGUCACUGCGCCGCUCACUUUGGAAAGUGUCUCCUCGCAGGGAACGCUUGGGUCUUCCAAACACUCAGCCCCCUCUUCAGUGACUGCAGCAAGACAUUCCUGAAGAACUUCCUGGCAAAGGCCAGCGCUUCCUGUCUGCUGGACCGGCCGCGCUCCUUCAUUGUCACUGCAGAUCUGACGAAGCCGAACCGCCCUCCUCUCAUACUCGCUGCUGUUGUCUCUCUCUUCAUCGUCGCUGUCCUCGUGCUGGUCACCAUGACGAUGUGGAAGAGACUCAAAGCCCCCAAGAUGCCCCAGCCCAGCCCACCCCUGCUGGGCCCGAACCUGGAGCAGCCAGAGCAAGAGAAGAGAGCUUUCAACCUGCUGCAGUGCAUCAAACGCAUGUGUCUCAAGACAUGCCCUCCAUAAGUGCAACAGCCAGGCUGCUUUUCUGAGCGUUCCUUAAGGGAAAGCACAUUCCCUGUACAGGAACCUAAAAACAUGACACUCUAUCCAGGGCAAGCUGGGGAAGGAGGUAAAGGCGGGCCUGACACUUGAAACCAGUGCUAAUGAUCUCUCCUUUUCUUCUCAACACAAGGCAGGGUUCCUGGUGUGAAUUAUAAGCACCAGUGGUGUGGUUCUAAAUCUGAAUGGACCGGAUAGCCACUCAAAUAUUCAUUUUCUUGAACAAGAAUUAUUGUACAAAUUCUCAUUUUAUUUGUUUACUGAACUUCAAGUAACACAUGCAGCUAUGGCCAAUAGUUUUGCCUCACCUAGAAUUUUAGGAUUGAGAUAUAAUUAAAGAAAAAAAAACACUAUAUGAACAGAAUUUAGGUAUUUUAUUUAAUAUCAUGUAAUCAAAGAAACUACAAAAUUAUAUUGCAAAAGUCUACCGGAAGCCAUAAUAGUAGUGCAGUAAUUCAUGUUAGAUUUCGAAAUGUCACAUUUUUCAAUUUGUGUCAGUUUUUCGUUAAGUAUAUAGAAAACUACAAAGCGGUGUGUAAUUCAAUAUGUUAACGAAACAUCAUUCAACAGAUUUCAUUCGACUUUAUGAAGCAAAAUUAGUUGAUUCUAUAAGGGGAUGCAUAUCUUUUGGCCACAGCUAUACAGUAUCUAAUGCAUUUUACUAAUUUCUACACAGUCAUAGUUCAAGCUCUGUUGCUGUCGUCUUUGUCAGCAUUUCUAGCCUCUUAAAGAAGUAGUUAGUAAUAGAAGAAGUUCUUAAUGCUCUUUUCACUGCAGCAAGAGGCCUACUGAGUGAACCAGACAGUUGUGCGGGAGAGUCAUGUGACUUAGCUUGCCUAACAUGUGAGUUACGACUCCACUACCCCACCUCUGCCUUUAGAAAAUCGUCCCGGAUAGGCACUCCGGCUCCACUACACCACCUCUGCCUUUAGAAAAUCGUCCCGGAUAGGCACUCCGGCUCCACUACACCACCUCUGCCUUUAGAAAAUCGUCCCGGAUAGGCACUCCGGCUCCACUACAUCACCUCUGCCUUUAGAAAAUCGUCCCGGAUAGGCACUCCGGCUCCACUACACCACCUCUGCCUUUAGAAAAUCGUCCCGGAUAGGCACUCCGGCUCCACUACCCCACCUCUGCCUUUAGAAAAUCGUCCCGGAUAGGCACUCCGGCUCCACUACACCACCUCUGCCUUUAGAAAAUCGUCCCGGAUAGGCACUCCGGCUCCACUACACCACCUCUGCCUUUAGAAAAUCGUCCCGGAUAGGCACUCCGGCUCCACUACCCCACCUCUGCCUUUAGAAAAUCGUCCCGGAUAGGCACUCCGGCUCCACUACACCACCUCUGCCUUUAGAAAAUCGUCCCGGAUAGGCACUCCGGCUCCACUACCCCACCUCUGCCUUUAGAAAAUCGUCCCGGAUAGGCGCUCCGGUUCCACUACACCACCUCUGCCUUUAGAAAAUCGUCCCGGAUAGGCACUCCGGCUCCACUACACCACCUCUGCCUUUAGAAAAUCGUCCCGGAUAGGCACUCCGGCUCCACUACCCCACCUCUGCCUUUAGAAAAUCGUCCCGGAUAGGCACUCCGGCUCCACUACACCACCUCUGCCUUUAGAAAAUCGUCCCGGAUAGGCACUCCGGCUCCACUACACCACCUCUGCCUUUAGAAAAUCGUCCCGGAUAGGCACUCCGGCUCCACUACACCACCUCUGCCUUUAGAAAAUCGUCCCGGAUAGGCACUCCGGCUCCACUACACCACUUCUGCCUUUAGAAAAUCAUCCCGGAUAGGCACUCCGGCUCCACUACAUCACCUCUGCCUUUAGAAAAUCGUCCCGGAUAGGUGUUUCAGGGUGCUCCGGCUCCACUACACCACAGUUAAGAGCUCUGAUGUAGUUCUUGCUCCCUUUCCUAUCUUCUCAGCUGGUUAAACAGAGUGCUUGUAUGCUACAGACCCAGGACUCUCUUCAGACUCCACUGAGUUUUGAAUUGUGUAGCAUUGUUGGUCUCUAAAUCACCCCUGAGGGGGGAGAGUGAGGGGAGCCCAGCUGGAUUAAUACAGAUCUAACAUGCAGUGGUGUUUAGAUCAGCCUGGAUAUAUUUACAAAACAUUUACCACCAUGCCAAGUCAACACUUCUUUAAAAGCAUCAAAUAAACCACUUCAGUUCAUUUACUGUAAGAGCUUCAUAUGUGCCUUGGUUGUAUGCUAGUUCUGUAACAGUAGCAGGGUUAUAUCUGCUUUGUGAAUAUGGCCAGGGAUGUUCAAAGAGUUUACUCUUGUCUUUAAUUAAGUCCUGUUUUUUAAAAGGAGAAAACUCCUUAUUGACUUUACAAAACUAUCCUUCAACCCCCAAGCCGUGUAACUAUAGGUAUCUCAAAAAAAUAGGAAUGAGUUAAAGACUGGAGUAAACACUCUGAAAACACGGCCCCAAGUCUCUUCUUUUAUGGUCUCCCUGCAGUGGUACAUGCCAGUCUUACAGUGUGUCUUACUGAGUAGUGCACCCCUAUAAGGAAAUACUAUAGCACUGUAUAUAGUUUUUGGAUUGCACUAUGGUAUUUUUCUUUGUGUUGAGUGAAUGUCUGGAAUCACAAUGGGCCUGUGUUGCUGUCUGGUGAAAGCUGCUAUUAGAUAAAGGACUCCCCUGGAAACAAGAUGUGAAGUCUCAGUUCAGCACUAACUGAAAAUCCAUUAUGAAGAACAAAUAAUCUAUUGUUAUAAAAGGGGGCUGCUGCAAAAGAGCCACACAGUGUCAAUAUCCCCUUUGAGUGUGGUGGGGGCUGGUCAACAGGCCCUCUGCACUGGGGGUGCAGGAUUAGGGUACUGUGAAUAUACUGUGCUAUUGUUUGUAUUAUGCAUAACUGUGAAUAGCUUCUGUGAAUAUCUGUGAAGACCUGGGGAAGUCUGAAAAGCCUUAACAAUGUGAAUUACCAUAUAACCUAAAGUAUAUACCCUCUCAUCAGUGUAUUCACUGAUUAAAUGUGAAUUAUCAAACCUUUAAUUUAUGUUGCAUAAUUGUGUAUCUGUUGGAAGUAUGCCGCGUGUUCAAAGAAUAUAACAAACUAAC